CUUUAAAAUUCCCAUUACAUUUUUUUUCUCUCUCUUGGAUUCUGGUGACUGAGUGUUUUUGCAUUUUGGUUCAGAAAAUAUACUGGUAUAUCUAUCUGAUAACAAAGAAGCACAGAAAAAUCUGGAAAACGGAGGGAAUUUGAGUAAAAUUGAAGAAUUUAGGUUUUGAAUCUGGAGAUCUAUACUGUGUAAUUCAGAUUAUUUUGAUCCCAUCCUGGUUGCAGAUCACGAUGACGCCUGUAUGCCCUUUUAACAAGGCUUCUCGGCCUGAUGAUGCGUCUGGAAAGAAGCCUAGUGAAAACCAGAGUAAACAACAGUCGGCAAGUGAUCACAAGUUGCAGCAAGAUGCAGUGAUUUCACCAAAAUGCCCGUUUGGAUAUGAUUCUCAGACAUUUAAGUUGGGUCCUCUCAGCUGCAUGGUUUGCCAAGCACUUCUCUUUCAAUGCAGCAAAUGCGUGCCUUGUUCCCAUGUGUUCUGCAAAGUAUGCAUAUCAAGGUUCAGUGAUUGUCCUUUAUGUGGUGCUGACAUUGAGAAGAUUGAGGACAACCCUGAUCUUCAGAAAACUGUUGAUCGCUUCAUUGAAGGUCAUGCUAGGAUCAAGAGGUCUCAGAUUGACACCGACAAGGAGGAAAAAGAAGCUGAUACGAAAACAGUAAUAUAUGAGGAUGUCUCAUUUGAACGAGGUGAUUUUAUGAUGCAGCAGGCCAUGAGGGCUCUUCGUGCCAAUAACAUAGAAAGCGCCAAAUCAAGGCUUGGUGUGUGUGCUGAAGAUGUUAGAGAGCAGUUGCAAAAGAAUGGAAAUACUCCUGAGUUAUGCUCUCAGCUAGGUGCUGUAUUGGGUAUGCUAGGUGAUUGCUGUCGAACUACUGGUGAUGCUAGUUCUGCAGUUUCUUACUUCGAGGAGAGUGUAAAUUUCCUUAAGAAAAUGCCAAAGGAUAAUUUGGAGAUAAUACAUACACUUUCUGUCUCUCUAAAUAAAAUUGGAGAUCUGAAAUACUACGAAGGGGAUUUACAAGCAACGAGGGCCUACUAUUUUCAGGCUCUGGAUGUUCGUCGCAGUGCAGUCAAGAAUAAUUCAACUGUUCCUUCUCAGGUCAUAGACAUUGCUGUAUCCCUUGCCAAAGUUGCUGAUGUAGAUAGAAAUCUAGGCGAUGAAGACACAGCAAUUGCAGGUUUCAAAGAGGGAAUCAAACUGUUAGAAUCUUUAGCAGUGAGUUCUGAAGAAGUUGACCUUGAAAAACGGCGCCUUUCAGUGCUGGAGUUCCUAAACAGUCAGCUUGGGAAAAAAUAGCAUCAUUCCACUCUCAAAUAGCUUUUGUGUGAAGAUAUGAAACAAAUAUCUAGUUUGGCUGUUAUUUAAUAAAUAAAUAUUAGUGAGCACAAGAUGUUAUUGUAAAUGGCAGCAAGCUGGAUGGAAUUUUCUGGGACUGAUAUACGUGAGAAAUACUCUUGUCUUGUUAA